AUGCUUAUUCUUUGUGCUUCCCUCGGGUCGCUCAAGCCUAGAGUUCGCUCAAGCUCAAGCCCUGCGACACUCUUCAGUUUCAAGCGCCACAGACUUGCUGCUCACAAUCAGCCUGAGUGUCUGCCGUUCCUCCCAAUGCGAUUGCAGCUCUUGCCUAUUCUUGUCCCGACGUACCAAUGUCAACUCAUGGCUGGCUCAACGCAAUUAGUACCUGCUAAAUUUUCCAUGGUCAUACUCUUUCUCCUUGCAGUUUUCGUCCUUCAAACAUAUGAUGUUGAUCUUCUAGUAGAGAUUCAUAAUUGCAGUUUUCGUCCUUCAUUUAUGUACUAAAUCUAUCAUCGCAUGUUGAUUUUCUAGACAUUCAUAAAAUGAAACACACAACUACACAACCAUUACGCCAACGAUUAGAAGAUACAUACCAAAAUGACAGAACGGUAUCCUGAUCUGCUUGAGGAAAAUCAGUAGAUGACAAGAGUCACAGUGGUCUAAAACUAACACUCGCCAUCUACGUAUCAAUUUUCGAGGAUGAUUAUUUGUGGGUCUAGCUACUCGAACUCGAACUCCAAUGACGUUGAUACAUCACAUAAGCCAAAAUACUGAUCAGUUUUUUCGAGAAUGCAAGUACAGAACAACGUUAUGUCUAUGGAAAUAAGAUUCAUUUGGUGUCGUGAAGAUCGCGAUGGUCUCGUGGUGCACCUCCACCUGAGAUGAGGUACUACAGACACCACCACACAGCACCACCACCAUUAUUGAAAAAGACACAACGCACACACGAGACUCCUGUGUGUACUGAAAGAAUUCAGAGUUGAAUUCUAUGCGGAUGUCAAUCAAACGGGAGAGUGGUUCUUCUCAAGAAUGUCAAUAGAUUAAAAUUCUGAUCGCAUCAAUACGCUACGUAGACUUGGACUAACUUACUUUGUUUUUAUUGAUUUCGUUAGAUUUUUU